AUGAUAAGUUUCAGCUCUCGAUGCGGUUCAUUAGUUCAUUCCGUUGGUGCAAAAAAUUUGUCGACUUCGCAUUUGAUUCGAUGUGCUAGUUCUUCAUCAAAACCACCUACUAUAAAAAAUUGGAUCAAUGGUCGAGCUGUUGAAUCAAAAACUAAUAACUGGAUUGAACUUACCGACCCUUCAACAAAUGAAGUUAUUGGUUUAGUACCAAAAAGUACUCAAGCUGAAAUGAACGAAGCUGUUGAUAAUUGCAAAGACACAUUCCGUACAUGGUCAAGAACAACUAUUCUUCAACGACAACAAAUCAUGUUUCGUUUCCAAGAUCUCAUUAAAAAGAAUAUGAGAAAAAUUGCAGAAAAUAUUUCAAGAGAACAAGGUAAAACAGUUGCUGAUGCUGAAGGUUCAACAUUACGUGGUUUACAAGUUGUUGAAUCAUGUUGUUCAGUAACACAUAUGCAAACCGGUGAAACAAUGCAUAGCGUUGCAAAAGAUAUGGACAUUCAUAGUUAUCGAGUACCAUUAGGUGUUACUGCAGGUAUUGCACCUUUUAAUUUUCCAGCAAUGAUUCCACUUUGGAUGUUCCCGGUGGCCGCUGUCUGUGGAAAUACAAUGUUAAUGAAACCAUCUGAACAAGAUCCCGGUGCAUGUAUGAUGCUUGUUCAAUUAGCUAAAGAAGCUGGUUUACCUGAUGGUGUUGUUAAUUGUAUUCAUGGCCAACAUGAAGCUGUUACAUUCAUCUGUGAUCAUCCCGAUAUUCGAGCUAUAUCAUUUGUUGGAUCUGAUACAGCUGGUAAUUACAUAUAUGAACGAGGCUCACAAAAUGGCAAACGUGUACAAUGUAACAUGGGUGCCAAAAAUCAUGGUGUUAUUAUGCCUGAUGCUAAUAAAGAACAAGCAUUAAAUCAACUUGUUGGUGCAGCAUUUGGUGCUGCUGGUCAACGUUGUAUGGCUUUAUCAACAGCUAUAUUUGUUGGUAAAGCACGCGAAUGGAUUCCAGAAUUUGUUGAAAAAGCUAAAAAAUUACGUGUUAAUGCUGGUCAUGAACCAACAGCUGAUUUAGGACCACUUAUAUCAAAAAAAGCCAAAGAACGUGUACUUGAACUAGUUGAAUCCGGUGUUAAUGAAGGUGCAAAAUUACUUUUAGAUGGACGUAAUAUUAAAGUUCGCGGUUAUGAAAAUGGUAAUUUUGUUGGUCCAACUAUGUUACAUGAAGUUAAACCACAUAUGAAAUGUUAUACCGAAGAAAUCUUUGGCCCCGUACUUGUUUCAAUGUCAGUUGAUACAUUAGAUGAUGCUAUCAAAGUUAUUAAUGAUAAUCCAUAUGGUAAUGGUACUGCUAUUUUUACAACAAAUGGAGCUACAGCAAGAAAAUUCACUCAAGAAAUUGAUGUUGGACAAAUUGGUGUUAAUGUUCCAAUUCCAGUACCACUUCCUAUGUUUUCAUUUACUGGCUCUCGUGGUUCAUUUCGAGGUGAUACAAAUUUCUAUGGAAAAAAUGGUAUGAAUUUCUAUACACAAUUAAAAACAGUAACUUCCCAAUGGAGACAAGAAGAUGCAACAGCAAUGGGUGUUCAAAUGUCCAUGCCAACAAUGUAA